AUGGAGGGGCCUUCGGGAAGCUCAGUCUCAAGCCAGCCUUUCAUAGGAAGACUCACAAGAAGUAUGUUACCCUACAAAUUACAGAAGAGAAGAGAGACCCUGCUUGCCCAGAUCAAGAUAAAGACCAAGGCCAAACACAGAUCUGGUGCUGCUCCCAAAGAUCCUGUGAGGUUGACUAGUUGCAUCUUCCCACGUCCUGUGACUGUAAUAACUUCACACCCUGAGAAUAAGACCAGGUACAGGAAAGACGAAGAAAAGCUGAAGAAACCCCAGCAGCUCUGUGCAUUAAAGAGACUGCAGAAACAUAAAGCUGAAGACAGUGAAGCUUCAUUUCCAUUGAAGCUUACAAACCCUAUAGAAAGGAUUGCACAGGGAAUGCAGGAUAAAGCCAAUGACCAAAGCAGUGUUGAAGAUCAACUCAAUCCUGGAGAAGGCACCUCUGUCCAACCCCCAUGCUUGGAAAACACUGAGCAAGUAGAUCUUCAGGUGUCACCAUCUUUCUCCAGUCAAGGGGUAACACUGCCAUUGCCUCUUCAUCUGUUACCAUCUUACUGCAUACAAAAAGUAACAACUUCAGACAUUUUGAAACAGAUCUGGAAGGUAAAGAAAGCCAGGAAGAGACUGGCAGAGGCCUUGGAGGCAGACAGGCUUGCCAGACAGGCUGAGAACAUGAAGGAACAAAGAUAG